AUGGUGGUGUACUGCGCAUAUUGCGGGAAGAGCUUCACGCGGAAAGAACAUUUGGAGAGGCAUAUACCCAGCCAUACCAACGUGAAACCACAUCGCUGUAGCGCUUGCCAGCUUUCCUUCGCUCGAAGGGAUCUACUCCAAAGACAUCACUCAACAUAUCACGAAGCAAGAGAUCCCAUGGAACCGCGACCUGGCGGUGUUCCCACCGUCGCCGGGCGGACUCCCAUUGCUUGCCAGAACUGUGCUCAAGCGAAGACGGGGUGUGAUAAAGGUGUCCCGUGUGCGCGGUGCAAGGACAAAGGUCUCCAAUGCGCUGCGCGCUUCGCACGACGGUCUUCGAAAGCUGCCAUGCGUGCUGCCCAGGCACAUGGCACAAUCAACAAUUCGGUAUCCUUACCCAAGCUAGCAUCACCACCCUCAACGGUCAACCCUGCGUUCAUGGACAUAGACCAGACUGCAGCUAGUUCAGACCAACCGAUCAAGGCGCCGAUAUCCCCUGAAGUUGGCAUGACGCUGGAUCCGAGUAUACCACAACAUGAAAGUCGGCUCAAGAAGAACUCCCCUUGCAGCUCCAAUAUAAGUUCUGAAGACUACCCGUCUCCGCAUACGAGGAUAGACAACUUCGUCGACGAGUUCGUCCAGCAUGGAGCAGAUUUUAUGCCACAUGACCAUAACUACCAGGAAUUGUUCCUCUGGUCAGACUAUCCUCUCGACUUCGACAUGUACUCGGGCAACAUGCCACUGGUGCCAGCUGAUUUGUCAAUUACCGCAUUCCCAGAGCUCAGCGACAUGUCAUCGUCAAACCCAGAGCAUGUCACCUCGUCUUCCGGGUCCAGGUCACCAUCAAAGUCGGAGCAGGUCAACUCGUCUUCCGGAUCGAUCUACACAAGAAGCACUAGCAUAACGUCCAAUGUCGAGUUCGAACCUGCCGUAAAACCGGCGAACAUGGCUUUGAAUGCCCCAUCAGACACCAUGAUCCCUGAGUUCGAGGUCGUCAUCGCCGCCGAAGCUGCUUGGCCCCUCGCUCGGUGCAACCCCCCCAUGUACUCGGGCACAUGUCCACGGACAGCCAUUGUGCACCUGGAAUGCCUGGAACAGAAGUCGAAGCACGAAGGAACCUGGCACACUCUGGAGCAAUAUCUCGAGCAGGUGGACUGGGAUGCUGCCGAUCUGGCUUCCGUAGUGACCAUCACCACUCGGACCCGCGACAAGAUGCUCGCCAUCACCCAGACCUUUCUGCACAAGGCCCUUGAGAUCCAUGGCGGCGGUGUCCAUAGCCGCAACAAGCGCUACGCCAGCCCCGACCUUCUUACGUUCCUCGUCCUCCCACCGUCAAAUAUUUUGGAAUACUUCCUGCGGAGCUACGUCCGGAACCUGUCGUUCUUCUACUCCCUAGUCUCGACCGGCAGUGUGGACCCAAAUGAAAUGCUCGAAAACAACCAGGCCGCAACACUCCUAGUCCUACUUAUGGUCGCGCAAGGAGCCUCGGCGAUACCGACAGCAGAGGCUCGGGCUCUUGCCGCGGGCUUGAUUGAGACCUGCCGCAUCUCACUGUUCGACAUUAUUGAGAAGGAUGUCGAGAUGUGCGCUGAUCCGACAGCUCUCCGAUGCGCCCUGCUCUUCACACUCCUGGGCGCCUGGAGUGGUGACAAGUGGCUCAUGGACAUUGCAAUGGGCCAGCGUGGGAUGUACCUCUCGAUGUUGAGACAUGCGGGGAUGUUCGAGUCCCAGGCCUCGAUGAUCCCUUCAUUCAACAGCUCGACCAAUGCCGAGCUGCAAUGGCGGGCGUGGCUGCAGCGGGAGACACAGAACAGACUGGCGUAUAACUGGGUCCUGGUCGACCAAGAGCUCAGCUUAUUCCACGAUAUAGCCCCCAUGCUCUCCAUCAGCGACCUGUGCGCUCCUUUACCCGCCUCCGAGCUGUGUUGGCUGUCAACCAACGCGCAGCAAUGGGUCGCCACGAUGCAAAACGUCUACGGCUGUGUGAAUGUCAGCCCGCAGCUGCUCACCACUGCGCCUGCACUGACGCCAUCGCUCUAUGAUUUGUUCCAAGGCUUCCUCCACGACAACUUGCAAAGGAGACAGGCGCACGGCGAACUGACACCCCAUGAACUGAGGUUGUUGUUGCACCCCUUGCAGACGCUCUUGUGCCACCUACGCCAGAUGCUCUCGUGCUUCUCUGACGUCCUGAGCGCACGCCGCACCGGCGCAAGAACGGUGACGAAGGAUUCCACCCAGGAGCGCCUGGUGGAGGUUCAGGCACUCCUGCAGAAGUGGUACGAGCUCAGCAUCACCUAUUGCAAGGCGAACCCCAUUUGUCCCAUAAGCAAGACCAACCUGGUUCUAUACCACCUGAUCUCCCUCAACGCCGUCACCAACUUCCCCGAGAUCGAGAAGCUGGCAAGGCGAGAGGGCUUCGACGGCCCGUCAUACUGGGAGCUGUCGCUCCGGCACAAGCGGUGCAUCUACCAGCGCGAGGAGGCCAUCUUCCGCUGCGGCCAGGUGUGCCGCCUACUGCGUUCGAUGGCCGGCGACCGCCGUCCCAGCUGGUGGAGUGCGGCGCUCUACCGAACAACGCUCAUCCUCUGGACCGACAGCAUCUCGCGGCUGGAUCCCAACUUCCAGAAGCGCGAUGCGGGAAGCCCCGUCGCCAUCGAUCAGGUCACCCCGGAGGACCAAGCCGUGAUCAACUACCUGUGGCACAACACCGGCGUGCCCGUCUUGACCCACCAGGACGGCACGGCUGCCAGUCUGGAGAAACCGAAUGAGGUCCUUGAGUACGCCAUCAAGAUGAUUGGGAGUAGCAUCAGCUCCCGGUUUGGCGACGGCAUCAGGCGGAAGCUGAUCACGCUGGCCAACAACUGGAACGUCGAUGCGCUCAGCACUACCAAUGUCUAG